UUUGUUGGAAGGUUGGGAAGGCUGUUGCUGAAAAGCUCGACUCACUUGAGACAAAAUGACGCCAGGUUGUUCUGUGGCGUUUUUCCUCCUCUUAGUAGGAGUACUGGGACUGUGUACGUGUGUCCAGGCGGUUAGGUACGAUAGCGAAGAGGAAGGGCUGUUGGCCAUGGAGAAACAGGCUGAGCAGGAGGCUGUCAGAAACAAAUGGCUGCAUCUUCACUGGAUCAACACGUACUACAAGGUGGACCACUCCACUCAGUGUGCUCAACUCUGCCGCCUCACACCGGACUGCAAAUCCUACCAGUACCGCCAGGCGGAGCAGCGCUGCGAGAUCAACAAUGCCACCAUGAGAGAGUUUCCCGAAGACGUGAAAGCCGUCAAUGGGUGGAGUUACUACAAGCGCAAUGCGAUAGCCUUCUUUGGCAUCUGGAGCCCGUGCAACGAGGGAAGCGACCCCUGUCGGAACGGCGGGAUCUGCACCUCCCGUCUGCUGAAGACGCGUCAGACGCAGCCGAACCACUGCCGCCCCACCUGCGUUUGUCCCGCCGGUUUCCAUGGAGACGACUGUCAGACGGACGAAAGGCAGUCUGAAGAAGGUACGUACUUUAAUGACGUCAUAUGAAGUGCA